AUGAUCGACGAGGGUUCAGCUAUUUCAUUAAUAGAGGAGAGUGUAGCAAGCCGCUUGGGUCUAAGAGGUCGCAGGCAACCACUAACGUUGCAAUGGUACGGGCAGAAGUGUACUACAGAAGAAUCGGCGAAGGUUAAUCUAGAUGUAAGAUGCAGAGAUAGACCAGCAACCUACAGCCUUCGCAACGUGUGCACUAUCCGUAGCCUAGACUUGCCAGUACAGUCCUUCAAGAAGUUCCAUUACGCCCACUUCGAGCCAUUGCCAUUGGAAGAUUAUCACGAAGUUAAGCCAUCGUUGUUGUUAGGUCUCGACAACACGUCAUUGAGUGUGCCAUCUGCGACCGUGAAGGCCGAUAGCGAAAGUCCAGUGGCCAUUAAUACUAAAUUGGGCUGGAUAGCAUACGGGCCGACCAGAGCAGCAGUGCAAGCACCGGUAGUUCUACAUAUCCGCGAGAAAAGCAGCCUUACGUCUUUGCACGAACUAGUUACCGAAUAUUUUGCAGCAGAUAACUUUGGAGUUAAUGGAUCAUCAAAGCUUCUAGAGUCUGAAGAGAAUGAAAGGGCGCGCCAGAUGCUGCAGGCCAACACACGUCGAGUCGGUAAGCGGUUCGAAGCUGGAUUACUAUGGCGUACUAUCCCACCAAAACUUCCACACAGCUAUCAGAUGGCCUAUAAACGACUGCUAGGUAUAGAGAAGAAAAUGCGAUUUGACUCAGAAUUUGCCGCUAAAUACAAAAAAGAAAUCGCGAAGUACAUAGAAAACGGUUACGCUAGAAGGAUUCCCGACGAUGAAGAGUGUAUCGACACAGGUUUUAAGUGGUAUUUACCUCAUUUCGCAGUGCAAAAUCUGCACAAGCCCGGAAAAAUGAGAAUCGUGUUUGAUGCAGCCGCCAAAGUAAAUGGUAUAGCUUUAAAUUCCGCCUUGAUAAAAGGUCCUGAACAUGCUAAGCCAUUAUUAGACAUAUUGUUCAGAUUCCGCGAGGGAGCAGUCGCAGUAGCAGCAGACAUCCGUGAAAUGUUUUCACAGGUGCUGAUAAAGCAGCAAGAUCAACAAGCGCAAAGGUUCUUGUGGCGCGAUGGAAACCAUCUUCAACCGGUACAACAGUACGUCAUGCAGUCGAUGGUGUUUGGUGCCAUAUGUUCACCUUGCAUAGCAGAAUAUGUUAAAAAUAAGAACGCAGAAGAAUUCCGCCAGCUAUAUCCCGACGCCGUUGCAGCAAUAAUAAAUAGUCAUUAUGUUGAUGAGUUCGUAGCCAGUUUUAGAGAUCAACAAGAAGCCGAAAGAAUUUGUCGAGAGGUCGUAUUCAUCCACGCCGAAGGAGGUUUUCAACUGAGGUCUUUUGUGUCGAACAUCAGAGAUAUCGAGGUCAGCCUGAACAAAGAACCAAGAACAGUAUCACAGCCAGUAAGCUUAGAAAGCGUAACCAACCACGAAAAGAUAUUGGGAAUGUAUUGGAAUAUGGCAACGGACUCGUUCGAAUUCCAAUUCAAGUUUCAUCGUAUCCAGAAACCAGUAUUAGAGGGAAUACGAGCACCAACGAAGCGUGAACUGCUGAGCAUAAUCAUGACAGUCUUUGAUCCGUUUGGUAUUCUCGCAGAUUUUCUACUAUUUGCCAAAGUACUGAUACAAGAAGUAUGGAAAAGCCGCAUUGAGUGGGACGAAGUGAUUCCAGAUAAACUUCAAAACAAAUGGUUUGCCUGGUGGGGCGAGUUUAAACGCGUUAACGAAGUCCGGAUCAGACGUUGGUAUUCGCCUCAAUUGCAAGCAGCCGUAUCGAUUCAGCUACACAUAGUAGUAGACGCCAGCCAAGUUGCAUUCGCCGCCGCUGGUUAUUUUCGAGUCACCAGUGCAGAAAAUUGUGAGGUCACAUUUGUAGCCGGUAAAACCCGAGGUGCACCUCAAAAGCUCUUGUCCGUGCCAAGAUUGGAACUGCAGGCAGCAGUAUUAGGCGUGCGAUUGGCCAAACUAAUCUGCCAUGGUCAUAGCAUUCAGCUUGACGCGACAAUUUACUGGUCCGAUUCACAAACAGUGCUACAUUGGGUCAACUCCGAGGAGAGAAAUUUUAAGCCCUUCGUCGGACAUCGCAUCGCCGAAAUACUAUCGUCGUCUACGCCUCCUCAGUGGCGCUGGAUACCUACUGAGAAAAAUACUACUGAUAUUGCUACUCGGCCAAGAUGGCCCCCGAAGGUCGAGAUGUGCAGUUCAUGGUUGCGAGGUCCAGAGUUCCUACAGCAGCCUAUGGAGUGUUGGCCCAUCUUAUCCAAUAAGCCUUUACCAGACCAGCUACCAGAAGAAGUCCAGCCGUGCUUCGCCAUGCAUAUCGAAUUGAAACGGGUGAUGGCCUGGGUUCAACGAGCCACCUGCAAAUUUUUGAAGCACGUCCGUGCGCACCAGAACAACGACGAUACGCAGUCGAGCGGAGCGCUGACCGCCAGCGAACUCAAUAAAGCCGAACAAUUUAUAAUAAAAACAGUCCAGAACGAGAUUUACGCCAAAGAAGUUGCAGCGCUCAAAAACUCAGCAUGUCUCCACAAACAAAGCACCAUCUAUGCGCUAACGCCGUUCUUAGAUAAGGAGGGCAUUAUGAGGAUACAAGGUCGCAUCGACGCAGCCGCAGUUUUUCCGAUAGAAUCCAGGAAGCCGAUUUUGAUGCCGAACAAACACAUCGUCUCAACACUCAUAAUGCGCCAGUACCAUGAAAACAUGCACCACCAGAAUUCUGCCGUCAUCGUUAACGAAGCCCGCCGAAAAUAUUGGUUCCCUCACGCUAAGUCGCUGCUCAACGCAGUUCAACGCAGUUGCAACAGAUGCCGAAUCGACAAAGCUAAGCCAGCACCGCCUCUCAUGGGCCAGUUACCCGAAGACCGCGUCACACCAUACCUAAAUAGCAUAUAA